AUGAAGAGUUUUAAUCUGGUAUACAUUUUAGCUAUUUCAAACUUGGCAAGAGGAUGCAGCCAGCUUUGUACGGCAUGCUCAACUAUAACUGGAGUCUGAAUUGUAAACAAUUGCACUAAUCAAUAUUGUCGUGCUAAAGAUUCAGAUUGUAAUAAUAAUUGUGUAGCAUGCUUAGUUGAUAGUCUUCCUCUUUCCUGUGGUCUUAUUUCAAGUUCUAAUGAAUAUUGCGAAAACUCUGCGGUAUAAAACUAUAUAGAGCACUUGUGGAGGCAGUACUCAAAUCUAUAAUUCUGCAGCAGGCUCUAUUACUCUGCCAACACAAAUAGGCCAGUUACAAGUCUGUGAGUGAUUUCUUGACCUCCGAAAAGUAUUUUCCUCCCAAGACAAUCAUUAUGUGGAUGUUAAAAUUUUAUUUGAGAGCCCGAACCAAAAUGAUAUGGUAUUUUUUAUUCAGAAUAUCGGUAAUUUAACAAUCUGAGCUUAUGAUAUAUAUACUUUUGAAAAUCCUCCGAAACUAUCUACACUAUCUCCUAUUAAAUUUACAUUGCAGCCUGACAGCUUAGCGUCAAUGCUCGCUGAAAGACUCAUUAAAGCUGAUUAUUUAUCCUAUAUAAGGUGAAUUUAUUUUAUAUAUAAAUGAUUUAUUUUUUAAUUAUAUUUGUAGGAAGUCAUUAUAAUAAUUGAUUAUACCACUACAAAAUCAUAUUCCUCAUAUGCAGGGAUCCAUAUUACUUGAGUCUCUCAGGUCAGUAGUUCUAGUAGCAGUAACGUUGACCAAGUAUUAACAAUCGUCGCCUUAAGCCUUUCAGUGUUUUUUACACUGGUAUGCAGCAUUACAGUAGCAUGGAGGAUUAUCCGUACAAUAAGAAGAAGAGACAGAAUCAUUGACGGCGCUAGAGUUGUGUAUCCUCAAAGUAUGGGACGAGCAAGGGAAUAUGAAGUAAUUCCUGACGACUCAGCUAUUAUUUUAUCUGAAGAUAAUAUCGAACGGUAUAUGCCGAAGUCAAAAUAUACUCCAGAUCUUGUAGAAGUUGGAGAAUGCACCUGCUGCGUGUGUUUUGAGGAGUAUUAAUUAUUUAUAUUUACCAAAAUAAAUACUUUUUUUAAAUUUUUUUUAAUAAAAUUAUUUUUUAUAAAAAAAUAGGUAUGAUUUAUUAAUAAAAAAUAUAGACUUUUAUAAAGGCUUAGAUUUAAAGAAGACAUAGAAGUAAGAAAACUCCUGUGUAAGCAUGUUUUUCAUGCAAGCUGUAUAGAAGACUGACUUGUUUCACAAGGAGGGAUCCCCAAAUGUCCAUUAUGCAAACUUAACCCGUUUCAGCCUUUAUUUCCACCAGAAAACGCUCAUGAAGAUGCUCACGAAGAAGUUCAUGAAGAAAUUCAUGAAGAAGCUCAAGUAGAAGUAAGAUUAGCAGCCGCUGAAUAA